AUGUCCACCAGCUACGUCUACCACUCGGUGUUCUCGGACAGCCUACCUUCCAUCCCGACUCCGUCCGCUACAGCAACCGAUAGUACUAGUACUACUUCAAAUACUCUCCCCGGGAUUGCCACUCCUCCGUCAUCCAGCCAAUUCGGCCAAGAACCAUCAACAGCUCAGGGCCUUGCCUCUUUCAUCUGCCAUGUGGCCUACCUCGAUGUGAGACUGCAGCGCGGCGACAGUUCCGCCUUCUUCGCCUUCCAUGGAGCCCGUGUGGUAAACCGCAAGCGAAUCGCCAAUGGCGCCUCGUUCAUCGUUGAGCGUGCCGAGCUCGAGGAGCCGCUGGAGCGAAACGACGCAGCGGAAUCCACCAGCCUCUCUUCCGGGGCAGCACGGCAGCCCAGCAAACCGGUGGUGGUCAAGACCGUCCGCGAAAACAAGAACAACCGCCCCAGCCAAUGGCGCGAGGUGCUCCUGGAAAUCAGAGCCCUGCUCCACGAGCCGAUCCGGUACCAUCCCAACAUUGUCAAGUUCAUGGGCAUCCGGUGGGACGCGUCCAUCGAAACCGGGUCGCCGUUCCCGGCCAUUGUCCAGGAGCACGCGGCGUUCGGCACGCUGGACAAGCUCCAGCAGCGGAGCAAGCCCCUGCCCUUCAGCAUCAAGCAGAAGCUGUGCUACGACGUCGGCCGUGGCUUGUCCAUCAUCCACGCGUGCGGCAUGGUGCACGGCGACCUCAAGCACGAGAACGUGCUCAUCUUCCCCAACCGCUACCCGGAUCCGCCGAACCAGCCGUACACGGCCAAGCUCGCCGACUUCGGCGGCACCGUCAUGGACAUGGGCAGCAGCCACGGCGACGGCCACGGCCAGCACCGCAUUCCGAUGUACACAUUCCCCUACGAGGCACCCGAGAUCGCCGACAGGCUGACCGAGGAGGGCGCCAAGAAGACGGACGCCUACUCGUACGGCAUGCUCAUCUGGCGCUGCAUGAUCGACUCGCAGGACGUGCUCGCGGCCGCUGGCACCACCGGGUCCAGCGCCAAGUCGUUGUCCGACCCGGUCCAGCUGCGCAACACGGUGCAGGCGCUCAAGGUGUCGGACGGCAUGCUGGAGGCGGCCAUCCACAGCGUCGCCGAGUACUGCUUCGGCCACGCCAUCCCGCGCGCCAGCUUCCACCUGAUCACGUCGGCGCUGAUGUUCACGCUGCGGGGCGAUCCGCAGCAGCGGGCGCUGGACCGGGCGCAGGUGCGGCUCCGCGGCAUGGACCCCGUGGCGGCGCACCACUACGUCGGCGUGAAGGACGAGGCCAACCGGCAGAAGGCGCAGCGCGACAGGUACCAGACGCCCGGGCGGCACGGCAUGGACCUCGACAGCGUCGGCUAUGCGCUCGGCCGCCUGGGCAGCGACUACGACGCGCAGAACAACCUGCCCGGGUUCCGCCCGGACCUGCCGCGCCCGGAGCGCGGCGGCUUCCAUUUCGAGCCCCUGCGUCUGCGCUACAUGCUCGGCUGGGCCCAGCAGGAGGCCAUCGUCCGCGACUUGGAGAUCUUCGCGGAGCCGUCGAACUCGAACUCUGAUUCUUCUUCUGCGGAGGACGAUGAUGCCGCGGGCGAGCUGACGCCGAGCCCCUGGCUGGCGGCCUUCUUCCUGUUCCAGUCGUAUCUCUGCGGCUUUGGUGUUGCUUGUGAUCCCAGGAAGGCCUGCUACUGGCUGCGCCGCGCUGCUGAGCCUCCGCUGGAGAUCGGGGAAACGGAUUACUACGCGAUGGCCUGGCUGAACCGGAUCCAUGCCGCCCUAGGGGUGUUGAACCCCUACAGCGUCGACAUGCAGAUGGACGUUCUUGCGCUGAGCGCCAUGCGCGGGCACAGACAUUGCGUCGAGGAUGCCGAGGCUCUGAUCGACUCCAGCGCGGACCCGGCGCAACGGCAUGCCUGGAGACAGAAGAUGAGCGACGUCGAUGCCGUCUACAAGGUCCUGACUGGCUCGACGGGGAUGCCGUUCUUUGCGCCGCGGAAACUGACCAGGGACUGGGCUCUCGGAAACCUUGAGAUGCUCGACGCACAGCUGAGGCAGGAGCUCGGCCGCGAAUACGAAAGCUGUCUCCGCCCGCCGCGUGCGAGUGAAGAAGCGUCGGAUCCGCCUCCGGACGACGGGUACCGCUUCGACAGGAUCUACGUCAACCACAAGGGCCACGGCUUGCUCCAUCUGGCAGCGGUGCAGGGAAGGCUGGGGGCGCUGCAGUACCUCCAUGCUAAGUACCUCAGCGACAUUAACCUCAAGAACCAAUCCCACGGCGAUACGGUGCUUACUCUCGCCUGCCGCACCGGCCGCUUCGACAUGGUCAUGUGGUGUCUGGAGAAUGGGGCAGAUCCCAACGGAGCCGACUAUUGUGAGGAGUCGCCGCUCCACUGCAUCACCGCGUUCAGCGAGUCGGAGAUGGACAGAAUCGUGGCCAGACUGGUCGAGGCCGGGGCGGAUAUCGAGAAGCACUCCGAGGCCUCACGCAGCGACAUUCGCGGCAUCGUGGCCGACUGGGAGGACAGUUUCUCUAUCACCCUCACGCCGCUCGGCCGCGCCGUGCUCAAGCAGAGCCUACCGGCCGUGAGGGUCUUGCUCAAACACGGCGCGAGUCCCACGCUCAAGCGCGUCUACAGGAACAGAGCCAAUCAGUCCGCCGUCGAGCUCGCCGCGGUGCUGACGCUGCCCGACAUUCUGGCCGAGCUUCUCCGCCACACCGACGACGGCGACGACGUGUUCGACGAAUGCGAGAUGCUCGACGCCGCUCACACAAGCCGCAUCACCCCGUACGAUUCCCUGUCACUCCACAGCCGCCUGGUCCGCUGCGGCGUCCGCUACAAGGACAGCCUCGACCGCACCCUCCGCAUCCUGCACGAGCGGAGCAACAAGAAGAGACUGGGACACGACAACCAGCCGAAACACCCCGCGGGCAAGCAUCUCUGCGAGGAGAUCCGCCUGGGCAACGCCGACAUCGUGUCCAGCCUGCUCCGCCUGGGCCACUCUGCUUCCGGAUCGCCUGGCUUCCGCCCUCUCGUCGCCGCCGUGCAGGCCAACAAUGUCGAGAUAUUUCAUCUCCUCCUCGCUCACGACCCGUCCCUCCUCACAACCACAUCGUCGCUUGAUCCAGAUACUAGUACUAGUAUUGGUACUAGUACCAGUACUAGUGCAUCUCUCCUGCACGUGCUCGCCCAACGCCCGCCGCACCGGCCCCGCGACCUCGCCAUCGCCUCCCACCUGCUCUCACAUACUAGUAAUCGUAGUAUCCCAGCCUACACCGUAACGCCACAUCAGCCCUCCCCGCUUGUGCUGGCCAUCCUGAACGGCUUCUACAAGCUCGCUGACCUGCUAGUCACGCAGGACAAGCAGGCAGCGGCGUCGCUCAGCUUCUGCAGACGACCAGCUCCGCGCCUCUCCGCGCCGCGGGAGUAUACGCUCCUAGGCUGGUUGCUGAGGUCACAAACCUCCUCCUCUCUACGCGCCAUCCGCUACCUCUCCCAUCUGCACACCACUCCGGACAAUGGCAUUUCCAUCUCACCACUGGCAUACCGCACCCGAGAGGGUGUGGAAGUCUCGGCCCUGCACGCCCUGUCAGAGGUCCCCGCCUCGGAAUGGAACACCCACGCCCAGAUCUCGGCGUCCAUCAUCCAGCAGCUUCUGACCAUGUUUCCCACCGUGGAAAGCCUAGGUCAAUGGGCCGUGAAUCCCCUUUCGGGGAGUGUGGUGUCUGCUGCGGUGGUGCGGUCGCAUGCUGAGGUGUUACGGGCUGUGUUGGCUGCGCCGGGGUACCGGGGGUUGUGGGAUCAGCCUGUUAAGGUCUACCUCAAGUUCGUCAAGUUGGUAGCGGACGAAAAGACUGAUGAAAUGGAGGAGGAGCAUGAGAUGAGGCCGAUUGAGAUCGCGCGCGAAGUGGCGAGACAGAAGCUACUUGCCCUGGGGGGGAGUGAUGAGGUAGACGAAGAAGAGCUGGAGGGCAUAAAGAGAGCUGCGGAGAUCAUGGAGAUGUUGAAUGCCUUGGAACAAGAGGACGAGUCCGACCUCGCCAGGCGCCCGGGCGAUGAAGUCGCAGCAGAUCCGGACUACACUAGCAGAAUUGAGGCGCUGGAAGCGAGGCUAAAGCCGGAUUUUGAAGAACCACCCAUCGACAGGGACAGUCAAGAGGUGAAUAUGCCGGUCGAUCUGUCGGUGCUGACCGACGAGCGACCGACCGGCUGGACGGAGGGCGCCGAGAUGACGGCCGAGAUGUCGCUGCGCAUCUUCCUGAGGCAUUUCAGGAACGAGAACCAACUGUUUGGGGACGCCGUUGUCAAGGCUAUGAGCAAGAUGUUUAACAGGCGGGAGCCUGAGGAGGGUGAGGAGGACGGGCGGAAGGGCACGUGA